AUAUUCUAUACGUAAAUGUUGGUAGUCUGUAACCCUGGUCAAUUGUUGAACCGGUUAAUCAGACAUCGUGCAUUCGUCCUGUUCCUCAAUUUUGUCAGGCAAAGCCUGCAUCGUAUCUUGCGCAGAAAAGAAUCUCUUUCAACCACGUGGCUUUCGCUACGAAGCGGCUUCAAUAGCUAUGGUCGAUUACCAUUAUCGAAGAUGCUUGAAACGAGGAGCGCGUUCCGUUUGAACUGCAAUUCACUCGCUCCAAGGAGAUUCGCUUCUACAGAAAUAAUGAUCGGGGAUGAUCACCUGGUUUGGUGCGAUUUGGAGAUGACAGGUCUCGAAGUAGACAAGUGUCACAUAAUGGAGAUCGCCUGUCUGAUUACCGAUUCCAACUUGAAAAUCGUUAGCCAAGAUCUUCACCUCGUUAUUCACCAGCCGGACGAGAUAUUGGAGAGUAUGAGCUCUUGGUGCGCCGAGCAGCAUGCUAAGACUGGUUUAAUCGAGGCAUGCAGAAAAAGUAGAGUAUCGUUGGCGGAAGCUGAAAAGAUAACUCUAAAAUUUUUGACCGACAACAUUCCGAAAAAACUAUGUCCGAUGGCCGGAAACACCGUUUGGAUGGACAGAAUAUUCCUUCAGAAGUAUAUGCCUUCUAUUCACGAGUACACGCACUACAGAAACGUCGAUGUUUCAACUAUAAAAGAGCUCGUUAAACGAUGGCGUCCUCAAAUUUACAACGCUGCACCAGAAAAAAUUUUCAAUCAUCGGGCUCUCGAUGAUAUUAGAGAAAGUAUAAAAGAACUCGAAUAUUACAAGAAGCAUGUAUUCGACGAGUCGUCACAACUCCCUAAUUGACUUUAAAAAAUUCAACCCUCCCAAACUGGUAGCUGUCUUCGGUAUUCGUCAGUGCGGCAUAUUUAUCGGCUGAAAUAUGCAUCACGUCAAAAAAUAAAUAGGCAAUGUAUUCUUCACCACCAAAUGAGCAAAUAUAUGUAUCAUAUGUAUGUAUCUGACACUGCAGAACUUUUGUUCAAGGAAUUUUCCAUUCCAAUUCAUGUUCAAUAAAAAUCGUCGUCUUGUUGGAUGAAAA